CAGGAAAAGCGGACGGCCUACGGUGACACAUCGCUGAAAGUGAAUGGAAUCGGACCCGUGCGGAAACACGGAUUAACAUGACGGGUUCUCUAUGCUCCAGCUCAGGACCACAGAAGAAGAAAGUUGUUGUGAAAUCUCCCAGCUCCGACAAGCAGUGUUACAAAACAAUGAAAGACUCCUGGAUGAGAUGUUGUGCCAGGAAAUCUACAAGAAGGUCAUCAACUACCGAGGAGGCUGGGGCAUCGCGGGCACCCCUCUGCACGCCGCGGUGUCCAAGGGCCACCUCAGCUGCCUGCAGGUCCUGCUGACCCACGGUGCCCUGGUGGACUGCGUGGACGUCAAGGCUCAGACGCCGCUUUUUGCCGCCGUUCGCGGGAAGUACCUGGACUGCGUCUUAGCGCUCCUCCGGUCCGGCGCCGACCCUAACGGGAGCUCCUCCAACAACUGCUCCCCCGUCCUCACCGCGGCUCGCGAGGGCGAUGUGGAAAUAUUACAGCAACUGCUGAGACACGGCGCCGAGGUCAACUCGCGUGCCAAAGUCCUGCUGUGGACCUCGAGCGCCAGGGUGUCGAGCGGCCCGCUUUACCUGGCAGCCGUGUACGGACACAUGGAGUGUUUCAAACUGCUACUCCUCUAUGGUGCCGAUCCGGAUUACAACUGCGUCGAUGCCAGACUGCUGAGCUCCAUCAAGCAGCCCAAAACCGUACUGGAAAUGUGUCUGAGGCACGGCUGCGGCGUGGAGUACAUCCAGCUCCUCAUCGACUUUGGCGCCAACGUCUACCUUCCCACGCUCAUCAUCGAGAAGUCCACCAAGCAGAACGAGGCCGUGGAGUUGCUUCUGCAAGAGAGAGGAAAUCCCAAGGCCUUGACUUCACAGUGCCGAUUGGCGGUGCGAAGAUACCUCAAAAAGAUCAACAAGAUCCACUGUAUUGAGCAGCUGGACAUGCCAACGAGUCUCAUUCGCUUCCUGCAGUACAAGCCGCUCCCAAUUAUGGUUCUCUAGCUACAGACUAAAUCAUGUAAAGAAAAAAAAAGUGUGUGUAAUUAAAGAAUGUCCUUCUUUUUUUAUUGA